ACAAAUUUAAAAAAAGAAUCUUUCAGGAGCAGAAAUUACUAUUUCCUCUUACUGCCCCAAUAUGGAUGCCUUUUGGCUAAGCAACAGGUGCAAGUCUCACACCUCCCCAGAAAAGGUGUGAGUGGCCUCUGCCCAAGCUUCCUACCUCCAGCCAUUAGUUUCCUGCAGAGGAGAAAUGAGAGGAGAGCAGGCCUGGUCCUCAGCCCUGGCUGUCUGCCUCAGUACAUGCAUGUGGCCUCUCCAAGGCUUGGUUCUAAGAAGGGUCAUGAGCCUGAGCCAGGUAGGAGAUUAAUUCUUUGGGCACUUUAAGACUGAGAAAGGAGAGGAAUGACAGGUCCAAGCCUACCCAGAGUAUGGGGCAGCUGCCAUCCUUGGCAGUUUCCUCUUCCUGGGAGACAGUGACUAAAUGGUCAGAUGUCCAGGCUAAGGACAGCCCAGGAGGGGGCCUGGGAAGAUCUGGCCUCUGCCAGAAGUUUGCUUUAGCCAGGCUGGCUCCUCCUCCUCAGCCCCCCUACCCCACCCCAUCACAGGGUCACUUAACACUCCCGCCCACUGCAGGAGUCCACCCUCUCUGGACUUUGGCCUUAGCUGUAGCUAGUGUGGGAGCCUGAGAAGACUGAGAGCAAAGCCAAAGCAGCAGCUUCUCGGGGGCCGGCUUUCCCCGAGCAGGUAAGCAGGCUGCCGGGCGCUGAGGGCGCUAGGAGAUGACGGGCUAGGUACGACGUGUAUUGAUAGUUCAGGCUCUAAACCUUGAAUGUUAUCCUCACAUAUUAGCUGUUCCAUCUUCCACAAUGUUGAGGUAGACCUGGUGGGUAUUAGCCCAAUAUAAUAGAUGGGAAAACAAGGUUCAGAGAAUUCAGUGAGAUGGCCAGCGUGGCACAACAGUUUAAAGCUGUAGAGGCUGAAACGCAGGGCACUUAGUCCUAUAUGUGGUCCCAAGAAUGAGGCUCAGGUUAUACUUGAAGGAUUUCAGUAUCUCUUAGGAGAGAAGGCACGAUGGCAAACCAGACAGAUCCCUGUACUCCCACACAGCAAGUCUGUACACAGGACCAGCUCAUCAGUUUUAGUUCAGUUAGCCACAAAGAUAAGGUUUGAAUACACCUCUGUUUUGUACAAUAAGCCAUAGCUUGCCAAUUAUCUGACAAGCAGAUAAUUUCUCAUCUGCUCAGAUGUUUCCAACUAGGGAGAGAUGUUAAGGGCUGAAGUAAAUAAGCUUUCCUACCAGCCUAGACUGCCACCUGCAGGUCACUGGGAUCCAACCAUGUGGCUACCUCUGCUGCUGGGUGCCUUGCUGUGGGCAUUGCUGUGGUUGCUCAGGGACCGCCAGAUCCUGCCUUCCAGCGAUGCCUUCGUCUUCAUCACUGGCUGUGACUCAGGCUUUGGGCGCCUUCUGGCACUGCGACUGGACCAGAAGGGCUUCCGAGUCCUGGCCAGCUGCCUGACCCCAUCCGGGGCAGAGAACCUACAACAGAUGGCUUCCUCCCGGCUCCACACAACCAUACUGGAUGUCACUGAUCCCCAGAGUGUCCAGCAGAUGGCCAAGUGGGUGGAGACACACGUUAGGGAAGCAGGGCUUUUUGGUCUGGUGAACAAUGCUGGUGUGGCUGGUAUCAUCGGGCCCACACCAUGGCUGACACAUGAUGAUUUCCAUCGGGUACUGAAAGUGAAUACAUUGGGUCCCAUCGGGGUCACCCUUGCCCUGCUGCCCCUGCUACAGCAGGCCCAAGGCCGGGUAGUCAACAUCACCAGUGUCCUGGGUCGCCUGGCAGCCAAUGGUGGAGGCUACUGUGUCUCCAAGUUUGGCCUGGAAGCCUUCUCUGACAGCCUGAGGAGGGACGUAGCUCCUUUUGGGGUAAAAGUCUCCAUCGUGGAGCCUGGCUUCUUCCAAACCCCUGUGACCAACCUGGAGAGUUUGGAAAACACUCUACAGGCCUGCUGGGCCCGACUACCUCCAGCUACACAAGCCCUCUAUGGGGAAGCCUUCCUUACUACAUACCUGACAGUGCAGCGACACAUCAUGAACCUGAUCUGUGACCCAGACCUAACCAAAGUGAUCAGAUGCCUGGAGCAUGCCCUGACUGCUCGGCACCCUCGAACCCGCUACAGCCCAGGCUGGGAUGCCAAGCUGCUCUGGCUGCCUGCAUCCUACCUUCCAGCCAGCCUGGUGGAUGCUGUGCUCACCUGGGUCCUUCCCAAACCUGCCCAAUCUGUCUAUUGAAUCCGGCCUUCUAGCAAGAGACAAAGAGCUUGGUUUUUCUUUCUGUCCCCUCCCUAGGGCAUCCAUCAUAUAGUAAAACUCAAUAAAUGCAUAUUGCCUUUCUUGUUUAUUUGUUUCUUGAGAUAGGGUCUCAAUUUAGCUCAGGCUGGCCUGGAAUUAAUUCAGUAUGUAGUCUCAGGUUAGCCUCUAACCCACAGUGACCUUCCUACC